UACCUCUUCUACUCGCCACUCAAAGAAGACGUUAAAGACCCUUUAUACUCGCCUACUCUCUCUCACCCUACGUACACAUAAUACAGUACACAAAUUGCACGCACUCCCAACAACAAUGGAAAUGAUGAAGAACAAUGGUAUCAAUUAAGGGGAGGAGUAGACGAAAAGGGAAAAUGCCAGUCGAUCUCUUUGUAUUUUUCAGAAACUAUCGAUCACCACAAUCCACCAACAUCUGUGAUGAUCAUUUUUGUUGUCUAAACCCUAGAGUUUCAGUCUCUAUCCUACUCCUCCUUAUACACACACACACCCUCUCUCUCUCGUUAACACUCAACCACCUUCUCCCUCAUACAUCUCAUUUAUUUCACCACUUUAUAAUUUUUCCUUAAUAAGCCUCUAUUUAUAGCCUUCUAUAUGAAUUUUGGUGUGUGAGGAUCUAUACCCAUAAUUUCCUAUAUUUAGAGAUCACCCGAUUGACCUAUGGUAUCUGUAUAUAUAGGGGCAAAGGUUAAAUCUUUGGAGGAAUUUAGGAAAGGGUCUCUGUCUUGAUUGAUUAAAAAAAUCUUCUUGUGUGUUGGGUCCUCAGUUGAGUUUGAUUCAAUGGCUCCUGGUGCCGAGAUUUCUGGUGAGACAACACUGGUUAAGGCCCCUGCUGUUGAGAAUUCUUCUCCUUUAACUAAUUCAAGUGCUGGUUCGAACAAAGUUUCUGAUUCUGGCUCUGAUCAUAGCACCAAUGUGAAAUUUGAGACAACUGGUGAUAAGGAGUCUGAUUGUGACACACACUCAAACUCGAACUCAAAUUCGGGAUAUGAAAUGCAGGAUAUCGUUGAUAUGCUAAAGACACUAAAGUUGAAUCCACAUGCGAGGGAGUUCUUUCCUUCUUCCUAUAACCGAGAGCUUAGGAUGGCCAAUCAUUUUCGGGCAAACAACAGGCGUCAGUCUCAUGGUUUCCCGAAUAACCGAAGGAGAAGAAACAACAAUAACAAUGGUAGGAAGAGAAUGAAUAGCAGGGGUUUCAAUGCUCAAAGAGAAGAUAGCAUCAAACGAACGGUUUAUGUAACUGACAUUGAUCAAAAUAUCACUGAAGAACAACUAGCUGCACUUUUUAGUGCCUAUGGCCGAGUUGUUGACUGUCGCAUAUGUGGCGACCCUCACUCCCGUCUCCGAUUUGCUUUUGUGGAGUUCUAUCAUGAAUAUUCUGCAAGAGGAGCACUUAACAUCUCUGGAACAAUCUUAGGUUUCUCGCCACUGAAUGUCCUGCCCUCAAAAACUGCAAUCCUUCCUGUGAACCCCACGUUCCUUCCAAGGUCUGAGGAUGAACGUGAGAUGUGUGCUAGGACAGUUUAUUGUACAAAUAUAGAUAAAAAGCUUACCCAAGCUGAUGUGAAAUACUUCUUUGAAACAAGAUGUGGUGCGGUCUCUCGGAUAAGGCUUUUGGGUGAUCAAGUGCACUCAACCCGAAUUGCUUUUGUUGAGUUUGUCAUGGCGGAAAGUGCGAUUAUAGCUUUGGACUGUUGCGGUGAAAUUUUGGGAUCGCAAGGCAUUAGGGUGAGUCCUUCAAAGACACCGGUCAGGCCACACAUUCCUCGAGCUGAUGUGUCUUAGCCAUCUGCAUUCCUCUCGAGGUCUGGAUGGCGUUAGAUGAUGUCGCUUCUGCUAUGGAGGCCGGUGAAGGCAAACCAUUAUUCUGUUAUCC